AUGAAUUCAGGUGGAAAUGAUCCGAAUGGAGGGGAUGGGGCUCCAUCAUCAACCAGCGGAGGCACAGAAGAGGCUGGGGGCGACGGCGCAGGAGGGUCAACGGGGGCAACUCCGAGUCGCUAUGAGUCGCAGAAGCGUCGAGACUGGAACACUUUCCUACAAUACCUAAGAAACCACAAACCGCCUCUGACUCUAGCCGGCUGCAGCGGAGCUCACGUUAUUGAGUUCUUGAAAUACCUAGACCAGUUCGGGAAAACUAAGGUACAUGUAGCAGGCUGCCCGUAUUUCGGCCACCCGAGUCCUCCUGCUCCCUGCGCGUGCCCUUUGAAGCAGGCUUGGGGCAGUCUUGAUGCCUUAAUCGGCCGGCUCCGGGCAGCUUAUGAAGAGAACGGUGGUCGGCCAGAGACCAAUUCUUUUGGUGCUAAAGCCGUGAGGUUAUAUCUUAGAGAAGUAAAAGAAAGUCAGACUAAGGCUAGAGGAAAACCCUAUCAGAAGAAACGGCGGAAAAGGUCCGCCUCUGCUGCCGUCAUCGGUGGUGCAUCUACAGUGGCGGUGACAGUUGGUGCUAGUCCUACUGGUGGUACUGAUAGUGGUGAAGGUAGUGGUGCAAGUGCAACUCCUGUGCCUGCUACACCUACCACAACAUAG